AUGAGAAAUCAUGAGGUGGUCUCACUUGUGGACUCUGAAUCGCAGAGCGAGGGUGAGGGUGAGGGUGAGGAUGACGAUGAUGAUGACGAUGAUGAUGCAUUCGGGUCGACGCAGAGGCUGAUCAAGGGGGACGAUGCCGAUGACAAUGACAAGGACAUGCCGUCUCCCUUUCGCAGCAAGUGCCGAUCAGCUGGCUUCAUUGGCCCAGGUCAACUGGAGGAGGGUCAACCGAAGGAGGGUCAACAGGAGGAGGGUCAACAGGAGGAGGGUCAACAGGAGGAGGGUCAACAGGAGGAGGGUCAACAGGAGGAGGGUCAACAGGAGGAGGGUCAACAGGAGGAGGGUCAACAGGAGGAGGGUCAAUUGGGGGAAGGUCAACAGGAGGAGGGUCAACAGGAGGAGGGUCAACAGGAGGAGGGUCAAUUGGGGGAAGGUCAAUUGGGGCAGAGUCAACCGGAGAGGGGUCAACAGGAGGCAGGGACGGGGGUUGGGAGUUCUCGUGCGUCUGACAGUGAAGAUGACGUGGUGGAGGUGUCUGGUGGUGAGAGUGUAUCUGCCUCUGGAGGGUGGGGAAGUGGGGAUGGAGGAGGCAGAAAUGGGGGGAAGAGUCCAAAGAAGAGCCCAAAAAAGAGCCCCAGAAAGAGUCCCAAAAAGAGGUUCAAGUCGAGUGAGGAGCAGAGGAGGAAGUGGCGCGAGUAUGAUGCUGAAAGGAAGAGACGGAGGCAGCUGGCUCAAGAGGCCGAGCGAGAGAGGGGAGAGGGGGCGGGAGAUGGAAAGGACGCGGAGCAUGGGGGAGGGGAGACGAGCAGAGAGGUAAAGAUUGAGAACUGCGACGACGUGGGGCGGGCAGGAGCGUAUCGGUACAGCAUGCGGCCGAAACAGGCCCUCCACCGGCCGGCUGUUGUUGUGGAGGAUGAGAGGCGGGCGGCGGAAGUGAGGGAGAAAAUGGCAGCUGAGGCGAAGAAGAGUCCGAGGAAGAGUCCGAGGAAGAGGAGGAAAGGGGAUGGGCGGAAGAGACGAGGGAGUGGAAGGGGGAAGAGGGAAGCUGUUGGUUGGGGUGCUGAUGGUGGGGUGGAGGGGGAUGGGGAGGAGCGGGGUGGGUCUAGCGAGAGUGAGAGUGAGGAGGAGGAGGGAGGUAAGGAGCAGGAGGAAGGGGAGGGGGAGGAGGAGGAUGAGGAGGAGGAGAGGCGGAUGGAGGAAGAGCAGCAGAGGCUGGAAUUGCAGGCGAGGGAGGUGGAGAGGAGAGGGGUUGGGGUGAAAGGGGUGAAUUGUGGGACGGGUGGGGAGCAUGGAGAAGAUGGGGAAGAGGAGGGUGAUGAGGAUGGGGGUGGGGGUGAGGAGGGAUGGGAGGAUGCAGGGGAUGCAGCUGCUGCGAGAGAGGCGGAGGAGGAGGAGAGGAGAGGGGAGGGAGCAGAGGGAGAAGAGAGGGCAGGAGAGGAGGGAGGGAGGGAGGAGGGAGCAGAGGAGGAAGAGGAGGAGGAAGAGGAGGAGGACGAGGAGUUGGAGAGUGACCUGCUCAAGCAUAGCAGGAUGGGGAAGUUGUGGGAGUCCGGGGGGAAAGGGGGAGUGGUGGACGGCUGGGGCAAGGACGGCGGCACACAUGCAUCAUCAGCAUCAACAGCAGACGCCUCCGCCAACUGCUUUCUGUGGUUGCGCCCCUGCCGGCAGGACAAGCUGCUUCUGGGGCUGUGGGCGCUGCUGGCCCAGGAGGGCCCUGCUCAUCUGCUUUUCAUCCUCUUCUGCUGCCCCCCGCUUCCCACCUACCCCCCUCACCAGCGUCGCUCCUGGUACCAAGUGGUGGACAGCUGGGGCAAGGAAGGCGGCACACACACAUCAGCAGCAGCAGCAGCAGAUGCGUCCGCCAACUGCUUUCUCUGGCUGCGCCCCUGCCGGCAGGACAAGCUGCUUCUGGGGCUGUGGGCGCUGCUGGCCCAGGAGGGCCUAGUAGGAGGAGAGAUGGGGGUGGGGGGAGAGGGAGGGGAUGGGGAGAUCAAGGACUGCCCUCCCCUGGAGAUCAUGCCUUUCUGGGGCGCGUGUGUGCCUCUGGUGAGGGCGCUGCAGGUGUGCCUUGAAUCUGGAGUUGUGGGUGCAUGGCCCGUGCCGCCUCAUCACCUGCGCCUGUUUGAGAAUGCUGACGAUGAGAAACAGGAGGACUACCUGUCAGUGAGGCUGAGGGCAAUGGUGCGACUGAAUGCAGAGAUAGGAGCACUCGUGCAUGGCAAGGGCAAGCACCGGCGGGAGAAGUUUGGCAGUGCGGAGGGGGGGGCAGUGCGCUUGCAUCAGAUAUACUGCCGGGUGAAGAGGCUUCAGGUGGAGCUGCAACACUACUUCGCCAUCGUGCAAGAGUCAGGGCUGGGCAUAGAGCAGCGGUUCAAGGGCCACAGCACCUCCUCCUCUGCGCGCUCCAAGGGAUUCAUCCGCGACGCCAUCCUCGGCAAGCGCUCUGACUCCUCUGCCCGCGCCGUCAUCGCACCCGAUCCCUCCCUCGCGUUGCAUGAGAUUGGCGUCCCUGACUCCAUCGCUGCUGGUCUCUUUGUUCAGGAGUCAGUGUCUCAUCUCAACAUCGACUUCCUGCAAGCCUGCGUGGACGCAGGGCCAUGCCCGCUGCCUCUGCCUCCGCCCCUUGACACCGGAGGGGAAGGGGACGCCUGUGGUGGCGGUGGUGGUGGUUGGAAUGCUGGUGCAGGUGGGGAUGGGGGUGUGCCUGCUGCUGCUGAUGCAGGCUGGGGUGCUGGUGGUUCUGCUGAUGGGGGUUGGGGUGCUGGUGGGGGUGGUGGAGGUGGGGGUGCGGCUGCUGCAGCUAAUACUGGUGGGUGGGGUGCUGCUGCUGCUGAUGAUGAUGGUGCAGGCUGGGGUGCUGCUGGUGGUGAUGGUGCUGCUGAUGGGGGUGGGUGGGGGGCUGAUGCUUCUGCUGGUGUGGGUGAAGGGGGUGCAUGGGGCAACGAUGCUGCGACUGCUGGUGGGACGGGUGGUGAUGCUGGUGCAGGUUGUAGUACUGGUGGGGGUGGGUGGGGGGCUGAUGCUUCUUCUGGUGGGGCUGAUGGGGGUGCAUGGGGCGCGGAUGCUGCUGCUGCAGAUGCUGCUGCUGGAAGGGGUGGUGGUGGGGGGGAUGGGUGGGGAGCUGGUGCUUCCGCUGGUGAGGAGGGUGAAGGGGGUGCAUGGGGCACGGAUGGUGCUGCUGAUGCUGCUGCUGGGAAGGGUGGUGAUGCCGCUGCUGAAAGGGGUGUUGCGGGUGGGACUGGGUGGGGGGCUGAUGCUGCUGCUGGUGGCGGUGAAGGGGGAGCAUGGGGCACAGUUGCUGCUACUGGUGCCAAGGGUGGUGAUGCUGCUGUUGCUGCGGGUACUGGUGGGAAUGGUUGGGGUGCUGAGAAUGAUGGGGAUAAUGGUGGUGGUGCUGCUGAUGCUCCUGGUGCGGCUGCUGCUACAGGUUGGGGGAAAAAUGAUGCCGGUGCUGGUGGUAAUGCUGGUGGAUGGGGAGGGAACGACAGUGCUGCUGCUGCUGGUGCCAGUGGUGGUGGCUGGGGCACAGGUGGUGGGGCUUGGGGUGCAGAACCCCAUGCUGCUGCAAAUGGUGAUGCCUGGGGGGCCACAGCCUCUGCUGCUGCUGCUGCUGCUGCUGCUGCUGGCGGUAAUACCUGGGUGGCCGCAGCAUCUGAUACAGCGUCUGGGCGGACCUGGGGGGCCAUACCUCCUGCUCCGUCCGCCCCCUCCGAUCGCCGCCCUCCCCGCCCACCCAACCACGUCCUGCCACCUGUCGGUGCGUUCAGUGUGCUCGUUGGCUCCGAUCCUGCUGGAAGAGCGACUGGAGGAAUCGCAGGAGGAGCAUCGGCCAAUGGCGGCACGCCAGAGUGGAUUAAGUGGACUCUGAGCCGAUGGGUGGAUCGUGGUUUGAGCCUGCAGGUGCGAACUGGGCCAGUCUCAGGUGCACCUGCAUCAGGUCUACCUACCCCAGACGCACCUUCUGCAUCAGAGCGUGCAUCUGCCGCCCUUGCAGCCUUUGUGAGGUCUUCCCUGCUUGCUGGAACUGCUCCUGCUGCUGCUGCUGCUGGUGCUGCUGGUGCUGGCGGUGAUGGUUUCGGCGGUGGUGGGGAUGGUGGAACGGGGAGGAGGACGGUGGGGAUGAUGGUGCUGCGCCACGUGGCGGAUGGGGAUUGGCUGCUGCUCAACCGCACGCCCUCGCUGCACAAGCAGAAUUUAAUGGCGUUUCGGGUGCGCCGCGUGCCGGCUGCCGUCUCUGCCAACGCGCUCCUGCUCAACCCCCAGGUAAGACCAUAUACCAUGUGGGUGAGCCUGUUGACUCGCUCUUGCACCCCCUCGCUGCACAAGCAGAACAUCAUGGCGUUUCGGGUGCGGUGCGCUGUGUGCCCGCCGCUGUCUCUGCCAACGCUCUCCUGCUAA